UUCUUUUGGCAACAAUUCUCGAAACAUUGACAAGUGCAUGCUAUUAGUGAAAGCCAGAAAGGGGAGCAGAAGUAAUGGAAUGUCAUUGCUUUCUGUUACUCAUGCCCCAAAGUGAUGAAUGAAACCUUCUCAUCGUUACUAUCUAGAACUUGAUUCAUGGGUUGUCGUGUUUAUGAUAUGGGAGCAGAACUUAGGGCUGAGGGAGUAAGUUUGGGCAAGGAGAGAGGUGGCGAAGGAAGGUACAAUAUUUUUGAUGGAGUUUUUUUUUUUUUUUUCCCGCUAAUGGAAAAGAUGCCUAUAAUGGAGCAAGUGAAAGACCAUUGGUUCAAUGGGAUGGUCUCACUUGUUUGCUAGCGAUUUAAAGCAGAGAAGUGCCUCCCCUUUUUUCUCUUCUUUUUGGCCCUCUGGCAGGGUAAGUGUCAGUGUGAGGGGCAAGUGCCACCAUGAGGCAAGGGAAAGGAUGAUGCAAGAAGAUUUUUAUUCUGCACCAUUGAUAAGGUAAGUGGCUCUCUUUAAGUCUUAUUACCACGCAAUUCACGAGUGUGAAGUUUGCACAGACAUCAUAUCUUGUGUUUUAAUAAACGGUUAAUAUUGAAAGUCGUGGAGAUUCGAACACACGAUCACUUAGUCAAACCAAUUCUAAUACCAUGUCAUAUAUCAAUUGGUUACAAUAGCUCGAGUUGUUGGGAGAAGGUUAUGAUGGAUUAGUAAAGAAGAAUGCAGAGAGAUUAGUAAAGUCACUCUAUUAGGUCGCAUUGCUUUUCUUCAAAGUGUGUUUACUAGUGCCACUACUUAUUAUUUUAUGUCCAUCGUCCUAUCUUUUAGACUAUAAAUUUACAGAAUCAAGAGCAUAAAAUAUCUUCUUGUGAUAAAAAUACAAGAAGAGUGUAGAGAUCAGUAAAGUUUCACUUGAUUCGUAAAAAAAGUGAUUAAUUAAAUUUCUUGGAUUCUGAAAGAUGGGAGGAGAGUAUCCAUGUGUAUACGUCAUUAAAGCAUGGUAAAGGAAACCGUACCGGACGUCAUACCGGACCCGUCCGUGGCAUGAUAUUUUGUGGUACGACCGUGGUUCAACUGUUGUGUACCGGUAAAAUAUCGUUUUUGUAAUUAAAAACUAUUUUUUUGUUAAAAAACCGUACGUACCGGAUGUCAUACCGGACCCGUCCGUGGCAUGAUAUUUUGUGGUACGGCCGUGGUUCAACCGUUGUGUACUGGUAAAAUAUCGUUUUUGUAAUUAAAAACUAUUUUUUUGUUAAAAAACCGUACCGACAGAUUCAGUAUAUCAUUUCGGAGUAAUACCGGAAUAUACCGGAUAACAAACCCAAAUAAACUGAAUAGUCAUAGAUACUUGUAACUCUUGUCACCUAAUUAUUUUGUAUUACUCGUCAAGCCAAGCCAAGGGCAGAUGUACUAUCAAAUAUCGUCAUGAUUGAUUAUAAUAUUUGUCCACAUAAUCCCAAUUUAGAAUCUCGUAGAAUUAAUAGAAUAAACUAGAGGAAUUCAUAAACGGGAGUAAACAAAAAAAAAAUUAAUAAUUUGUUCAAUAUCCUUAUAGUGUAGGAAACCUUAUUGUUGAUAAACAAAGUUAGAAGGAGCAGAUUCCCGUUGCCGGUCCAAUUGGUCUCCAACAAGCAAAGCAGUCAGUGUCAAACAAAGAAACAAUGCGGCACGUUCUUGAGUAGGGGAGGGCCACUCGAGCAGGCGGCGACGCGGUUGAGGAUUGAGGAGGAGAGAAGAGGAGCGGCAGUCGCCGGUCUCUGGUGGCUACUCUCAAACUCCAGAGGUGAAGACGAGGAGCGGCGAGGCGGGGCAGGGUUGGGCCGCUGGGGAAGAAAGAAGAAACGAUGAAAAUGAAUAGUCUGGCAGUCUCUGGCUGCCGAUUGCCCGAUUUUUGUUAGAGAAGAGAACAUAUUAGGGUUUUUGGCCUUUGCCUGAUUUUUUUUUUCUAGUUUGAAGUUCCAAAAAACGCCGACGUUUUUCAUUAAAACAACUCUACCGCCGGUUAGACCAAAACCGGGCGGUAUUUCCGUUUGUACCGGUUAAGCCGGAAAAACCGGUCGGCACGAUAUUUUGAGCACCAUCAGCUUACCGUAUCGUUCCUGGCCCGAUUCCCAGUUUUUCCGGUUGAACCGGCCGGUACGAUCCGGUUUCCAGGUCCAUGCAUUAAAGAACUUCUUGCCAAAUAAGUUUAGAGAAUUCUUAAUGAGAGCCCAAAAUGGUAACCCUUUGUUAUUAUUGGAACGUAACAUAGUAAAAUUUUGAAAAUAUAAAUCAGAAGAGUACGUAGUUGAAAAAGUAAGUAACUCAAUAUUCGGUCCAACAACUUCCAACAGUAUAUAAAUGUUUUCAGAUAUUCACUUAUGGAACUAUGAACAUUAUAAUUGGAUUGUGUUAAUUCUAAGGAUGGAGUGUCAUGAAGAUUUGACCGUUGAUGCAUGAGUGCCAUGGCAAGAUCAUUUUCUCCCCAGAAAACCAUGUUGUGGUUGACCCAUAGACCAGGAAACCGGAUCGUACCGGCCGGUUCAACCGGUUCAACUGGAAAUUGGACCAAAAGCGGUACGGUGGGCUGAUUGUGCUGAUUUUACCGUGCUGGCCGGUUUUUUCGGUUUGACCGGUUGAACCGGUUGAACCGGCCGGUAUGAUCUGGUUUCCUGGUCUAUGAUUCAGCUUCAUUUCUCCGUAUUCUCGUCCAAUAUGUAGAAAAUAAUUAAAAAGAAUAUUAUUUUGCUAUUCUUCUAUGUUGAAAAUGGGUCACCGUGGUUGUAUAAUGCUCUAUUUGGCCAUACCAGAAAGGAAUCCGGUAUGAUGUCCGAUACGGUUUCCUUUACCAUGGGUUGACCCCAUACCAUACAAUGCUAUUAUGAGUUUUGAUACUUGAUUGAUUAGCGUAGCUUGACAAGCUAGAAACAUCUUUCUAGCUCUUUUAUGUUGGGAGGCAACUAUAUUAUGGUUGAGACUUUUUUUUUCCCCAUUAAGGAAGGUAAGGUUACAUUACUGUUUUGAUCCCUACUUUGUGGUUAUAAUUUGAAGAUGGCCCUUUCACGGACAUCAUAGCUAAAAUGGCUUUUAUAAAAAAUGGCAAGUAUUAAGUCAAGACGUCUUAUCAUUUGCCACUAGAAGUGUCUUAGAGUGGUCCUACCGACUACAGUAGCGCUCAAGUUUGGUGGGAUUAAUUGGCUAAGGCAAUGUCCUAUUUGCUAGAGGAGUCGAGAGAGUAUAAAACAUUUGUUCUUUCAUUGUCCCCUUUGCCAAUAUGUUAUGGUACUUUGAGGGAUUAAGUGAGAUACUAGUUUCGGCCCCAACAAUGAAUUUUAGUACGUGGUGGCGUCAAGUUAUGCUAUCAGAGCAGUCCCAAACCCAUAUUCUCCAAGUCGUUUACCUCGCUUGCCCGCCAGUUCUCUCAAGUUCGUGAAGUACUCUCCUCCUUACCGCCUGCCCCUUUUGUUCAUCCUCGCGUGCCUGCCACUUCAAGCCAGCCCUGGGAAUGCCUCCUGAAACAAUUUUGAUGUUGUUGUCCAAGCCUCUGGUUGCUCUUAUGGCCUUGUGGUUUGUGGCUCGGACGGUCAUGUGAUGCUUGCCUCGAGUUAUCAGCAUCAAGGGAUUUCAGACCCUUACCCUGCAGAGCUCCUUGCAACAGGGAUGCGAUCUCGUUUGCAGCUUCUUGAAGUUUGCCUCAUGCCAUCAUUGAGGGCGAUGCAACAGUGGUCAUCCGUCAACUUAGCCUUCGAGCAGUGGAGGAUUCAGUUGGUGGCCCUCUCCUUCGAGAUUGUAUGCUUUUCCUUGGGUCUUUGUCUCAUUGUAUAGAGUUUAGGGCGGUUCCGCAGACUGCCAACUGGGCUGCCCGUAGAGUGGCACGUAAAGUCCUGUUGCUGUCUCGGUUAGAGUUAGCUUUUUUUGACUUUGUUCAUUGGUUAGUUAGUGGGGUAGGGAGGGAGUGUUGGUAGUGAUUGUUCUAACUAUAUUUUUUAUCCUACUCAGACAAAAAAAAAAAAAAAGACUUGGAGGGAUAUUAUGGUUGAGACUUGAGAAGGAAUAUUUCAGUGAAAUUUUAUUGAAAUCUACCAAUGAAUGACUUUUGACUUUAGCCACAUUUCUUCCUAUCCUAAAAAAAGGGGAAAUUGGCCCGACUAGCUAGCUGUAGCUCUUUUCUUUGUUUUUUGGUUGCUCUUUUCUAUGAAUGAACAGUUUGUAGGAAUAUAGUAAGGUCUGGGUUUUGAUAAAAAACUUGGUAUGCAAAACGCACUCGUAUCAUCGUGAUAUAUAUGAGUAUCAUCGUACCAUCGAUGAUAUUUUUCGGGUUUGCAGGCCGCGAAUUUGUACCUAUCCGCUGCCAUAUAGGAAUACUAAACCAUUAUUUUUAUUUUAUGGAGCUGUAACGUUUGAAGUUUGGGCUUUAUAGGCUUUAGUACUCAUUUUUGUUUAUGUGUGUUUCUAAGAAUACAUUGUUUGGUAAGUAUAAAGAAUGUGUGCCAUUUAACACAAUUUCAAAACAUAGAUACUAUUCCAAAUGUUGAUUAUAUUAUUUGGGGUACCAAAUUAUAAAUAUGGUGGGGGAUUUCGGUUAUGAUUAGGUUUACAAACCUAUAUAUACUCUUGCAAUUAGCUUAUGAGUAUUCAAGCAAUAAGAAAAUAAAAAAUCUAUAAGGGAGAUCCUCAAUAUGGACUAGUGUCUGAUUGACGAUACUAGGUUAAAAAAAUCUUGAUGUUCUUUAGAUUUCUGUUUUAUUGAAAUGGUAUCAGAGCCUUCUGUGGCCAAGAGUUCUUGUGUCGAAUCUCAUUUGUGAAGCAUGUGUAUUCUCGUAUUUAUGACAUGUGCAGCCGAAAGCCUUUUUGAGUUGACUAGCUUUCAUUUGAGGAGGUGUGUUCGUGUGUGGUAUAAGAUCCAUUAUGGAACCUCUCUAACCAGUGGCAGAUACAUGCAUGUUUAGGGGUGUCCCAUGACACCCCUAAAAUUUGAGAAAACGAUUAUUCAACUUUCGAUAGUAGUUUGCGUAUGAGCAAAAGAAAUAAAAUUAAGUGGUAGUGGGACACCGUUAAAAUUUUGAAAAAGGAUUAUCCAAACUCCCGUAGUAAUUUACGUAGUGAUAGUCUAUGUGAUUUAAACUUGGGACACUGCCACUAUUAGUAAAUAUAUUUUUAAUUAGACUACAAUUCAUUUGUUAUUGUGUUUUAGACCAAAUAUAAUAGUAAAAUGUUAUUAUUAUCCAAAUUAUUUUUGAAACCUAAAAAUUAAACCAAAUUACGGGAUAUUCUUGUCUAGUAAGAUAUGACGAAGAGAUUUGUUGAGCAGUGUAGAAAAUGUAUUUUACCAUUUUACAAAACACUUCUGAAUUUUUAAUGUAACUUUUAUCAGCCAGAUAUUUUCAAAUUUAAUAAUUAUUUAAUUUAAAU